CAAUAUGCAUGGCAAUUGGUGUAUGCGUUUAUCCACUUGGUUGGGACUCGCCAGCUAUUCGUGCCGUUUGUGGUGCAUCUUCGUCCAGAUAUAAUCCAGGAGCGUGUGCUGUUAGAUGGGCAAUACCAUUGGCUGCAAUAGCUGCACUCGAUGCAGUUACCUUGGCAGCUCUCGCUUUCAUUCUUGCCUCAAGACACGUUAGAUUACAACCGGAACCUUUUAACAAUGGAUCUUUGUACAAAGGAGAGGUCAAUCCGGGUUAUGUAAACGAGGCUCAAAGUGUGGCUGGAUCACGUAAAUCUUUGUCCUUGAGACCUGUCCUAUUAGUAGCACCACCAGAACAAGAUCGUUACAGUGAAUUGUCAAGAGCUAAAUCACAUUCGCAUCAUAGUCUUUACACCCCGGCACCUUCGCAUCCGGUUCAUACCGUUUCAACGAAUACCUUGAAUCAUUCUCAACAUAAUUUUCAACUUUGAAUAUCUAUUUUUGUGUGUCUAUGUUUUUUUUUUCUUCUAGAUAACAAGAGUGUGUAUAUAUAUCACUAGAUUGCCCAAGGAAGAAGUCAGCCAUUUUGACUGCUUUUUCAUUUCAAUUAGAAAAAUCAAGUUAUGUAUAUAUAUAUAAUGACACAAUUUCAUAGAAUUUUGUGACCUUCUUUUUGUACAACAUAUAAAUGCGUUUAUUAAUAAUUGUAGUUACCUUCCCCCCUCUCCUUCA